CUUGCUUCUUCUUUAUUUAUUUAUUUUUCUUGCUUUCCCAUUUCGCUCUUUUCUUUUCACAACUCAGCUGCCACCUCCCAUCUCAGAGGAAUUUCAAGUCACACGGCAAACACGGCCACAGACUCACUCGGUCACCAAGUCUCCCAAAUUCAUCAACCGGGUCACUCACAGUCGCAGAUGUAUAAGCCAAAAUUUUCAAAAAAUUAAAAGUAAAAUUAAAAAAUUAUAGCUUGAGCCCCCUCAUGAUCAUGGAUGGAGAAAAUGGGAUCCGCAGGCCGAAUUUCCCACUACAACUCUUAGAGAAAAGCCAACAACAACAACAACAAGAAGCUUCAUGCUCCUCCUAUCCUUCUUUGAACACAACCGGUAACUAUGACGACGACACCAACAUCACUGAACCCAGCUGCUCAAAUCGCUCCACUACUCAAGUUUCCGAGCCGCCGAAGAAACCUCCUCCCAAGAGGACUUCAACAAAGGACAGGCACACCAAAGUUGAUGGACGUGGGCGCCGGAUCCGCAUGCCUGCCGCCUGUGCAGCUAGGGUUUUUCAGUUGACCCGAGAACUGGGCCACAAAUCCGACGGUGAGACCAUUGAGUGGUUGCUUCAACAGGCGGAGCCAGCUGUGAUUGCCGCCACUGGGACAGGUACUAUACCUGCAAAUUUUACGUCACUUAAUAUAUCUUUAAGGAGUUCAGGUUCUAGUAUGUCUGCAAGUCAUUUAAGGAACACUUAUUUCAAUCCACAGCAAUUAAGGAAUAUGCGAAAUGAAUGGGAAAGAAAUUAUAUAAUUGAUGAUUCAUUGAGCUUUCCUUUAAGUCCUAGUAAUGUGAAUGCUAUGUUACAAACUAAUUAUAAUAAGCAAGAGUUAGGUAAUCAAAACACAAGUUUAGAUAAUGCGGACACCAUUAUGGGAAGGAAGAGAAGGCCGGCGGAACAAGAAUUGGCACAAAAUCAGAUAGGGAAUUACUUGGUACAAUCCAGUACAGGGUCUAUUCCGGCCAGUCAUAACACGAUUCCGGCGACAUUUUGGAUGGUGACGAAUCCAAGUAACCAAGUUGUGAGUGGUGGCGGUGACUCCACGUGGACAUUUCCUUGUGUUGGUAACAGUAAUAUGUAUCGGGGUUCCAUGUCUAGUGGGGUUCAUUUUAUGAAUUUUCCCACUCCUAUGGCGCUUUUGCCUGGACAACAAUUGGGUUCAGGCAUGAUGAGUGAUAGCUAUUUAAGCAUGCUUGCUGCCCUUAAUGCAUACAGAACCCUACCCGGUUCUGUAGGUUCGGAAUUCCCGGCCACUGCAUCUCAUCAACACCAUGGCGCUGGGGAUGUCCAAGAUUCAACUAGCCAUCAUUCCUAAGAGUAUACUUUGAUCAUCGUCUUGUUUAUUUUCCUGUACUUGUAUAUGUGCAUUUUGCUAUACAUGAGGCGCAACUUAAUUUGACCGCUUGGAUGUGGAGUUUAAUAUUCAGAUUUUUGGUAUGAGAGAUUAAUUAUUAUUAUUAACACGAACAAGAGUAUUAGCUGGUUUU